AUGGGGUGGUGGUUGAAAUGGUUUGUGAUAGGCAGUUUGGUGGCAUGGUUUGGCUAUUAUCGUCAUCAGAUAUCACAGCUUUCUCGAACCCACACGGCAGGCUUAUCUCGUAUUGCAACUUCUCUAGCGAAUAAUACUGAUUCUUAUCAAUUUUUUAAUCGAUCAGAACAAAUGAAUAAUUCAUAUUUUGAAUGUGAAAAUAUCGUAUAUGCACAUGGUAUCUGUGGUAAUCUUCAAGUGCCACCAAUACAACGACCUUGUACACCACCUCUACAUAUACAUCUCGAACAAACGGAAUUUUUCACUCUUAUACAAGGUCAUCUAGCCUAUCAAUUAGGUGAUAAAGUAUAUUCAUGUGAUAUUCAUACAUGUCCACGACCUCUUAUUGUUCCACCUCUUCUAUCACAUACAUUUUGGAUGCAUGACAAUAAAGAAGAUCUCAUUGUACGUGUUCAUGCCGAACCAGCCGACAAAUACAAUGGUCUUUCACAAAGAUUCUUUGAAAAUUUCGCUGGCAUUAAUCGUGAUCAACACAUAUCUAUAUGGCAAAUAUUUGUACUUUUUGAAAAUGCACAAACCUAUCCAGCAUCUUUACCAUUACCUUUCAUGAAAAUAAUUGUUAAACUAGGUGCUCUCAUUGGUCAAUUACUGGGCUAUAAAAUAGAAUAUGAAGAAUAUACAACCGUUGAAGAUAAUUUUAAUUAA